AUGGCAGAUGCAGUUGCGCCCGCCGCAGUGGCAGAUGGAGAAAAUGCACCGGCAGAGCAGGUUACAGUAAAAAACGAUAAAAGUCGAUGAUUUCUCACGUUUUCAGGCUCGUUCUUGGAGUUCGGUUGUGUUUGGCAUCCUCAAGCAGAUGGUGAUGUUCUAUUUUAUUAGUUCAAUGAUGAAAGGAUUUGGUGGAGGACAGAGCAACUCGAAUUCGACUGCAGCGGCAACUGUGCAGAAGAUGCCGCCCGCAGUGAACCUUUUCUACCCAGGACAGCUCUAUGACCUUUAUCUAUACCUUGAUGAAUCGGUGAGUAUCGAUUUUAGAGCGAAAAAAUGCGGAAAACUCAUGUUUUCAGGAACUUCGCUUCAAAAACUUUGAAAACGGCAAUCUGUUUGGUGUUCAACGUGGUCUCAAAUACGGUGACUGGACUGGCGGGCCCAAUAACGACGGAUCUUAUGUGCUAGAAAAGACAUUUCCAACUCCAGACGUUCUUCUCCGCAACCAGUCUCUCUACCUGCAUACUUUCAUUGUCAAAUCGGAUCAGUCGCCUAAUCCAGCCGACAAGAACUACUUGCGAAGAGAGGUGAGAAAUUUGCAUAGGUUACCAGACGGAUCGAAGUGCUCUUCAGGUGGUUUAUGGAGUCCAGCAGCUGAACAAGUACAAGAAGAAGUAUUACAAGAAGACGGCGAAUCUGUUGACCGGAGUCAGUGAGCAGAGUGAAGAGGAUCUCGCCAAGGCGGAGAUUAUGAAGUUCGAGGUAUGAACUGCUGUAGACUGAUCAACCCUAGUCUCCAUUCAGAUCCUCAACUUCUGGCACCCGAACAUCUCUGUCAACAUUGUCGACGAUCAAACCAAUUGGUCCAAGGGAGCUCUUCCUCCACCACUGGACAAAGACGUCAAAUUCUCUCCAGCCGGCGAUUACUACCUGCCCAUUCUGUUUUUCAACAACUACUGGAACUUGGGAGCCGAAUAUAUGCCGAUCAACAACACUGUCACCGAACUGAAGCUCUCCGUCACCUUCUACCCUCUUUCUCUGUUCAAAUAUCAGAUGUACGCCAGCCAGAACAUGCGAUCUCAAUGGAGCGACAUUCUUCAAAGUGAAAAGGAGGAUGACGAUUCCAUCAAAGUGGCUCUUCUCGAAACCAACCCGAUUUUGCUCGGUCAGUUUCUGUUGAAAUUCCGUGCGCUUGAAAGUAUAGUUGUUCCAGGAAUCACCAUCGUCGUUUCCAUCCUUCAUACUGUUCUCGAACUUCUCGCUUUCAAGAACGACAUCCAGUUCUGGAAGAGCAGAAAGGAUCUUGUCGGACUGUCGGUGCGCUCAGUUCUUUUCAAUAUUUUCCAGGUAUUGACAUCAGAUUGAUUCCAGAUUAACAAUUGAAUAUUUCAGUCUCUCAUUGUCUUCCUCUACAUUUGCGACAACGAGACCAACUUCGUGGUGAAGAUGAGUGUGGGAAUCGGUUUGCUGAUCGAGUGCUGGAAGAUUCCGAAAGUAUUGAACGUUGUGGUCAGAGUUUUUCGAGUUUGUGCUCAAACUCUUUACUGUUUUUCAGCUCGAUCGUGAGAACCCUGUUCUUGGAAUCUUUCCGCGAAUCAAGUUCAGCGACAAGGGUUCGUAUGUAGAGAGUGACACCAAGACCUACGAUCAGAUGGCGUUCCGCUACCUUUCGUGGGUCUUGUUCCCUCUUCUCGUGGGAUAUGCGAUCUACUCGAUCAUUUACGUGGAACAGAGAGGAUGGUACUCCUGGGUGCUCAACAUGCUCUAUGGAUACCUUCUGAUGUUCGGGUUCAUCACAAUGACUCCGCAGGUUUGUUUAUAGACUUUGCACUUGUCAUAUCAAAGACUCCUCGUAUUUUACAGCUGUUCAUCAACUACAAACUCAAGUCGGUAGCUCAUCUUCCGUGGAGAAUGCUCACUUACAAGUUCAUCAACACCUUCAUCGACGAUCUCUUCGCCUUCGUCAUCAAAAUGCCGACCCUGUAUCGCAUUGGAUGCUUCAGAGAUGACAUCAUCUUUCUGAUCUACCUGUACCAGCGUUAUAUCUACCGUGUGGACCCAACGCGAAUGAACGAGUACGGCACAUCUGGAGAACACGAAAACGGAGUCCCGCCGGUCGUCGAGGGAACCGCAGCGGAGACACCAGCAAUCGAGGAAUCGAAGAAAGACAAGUAA